CACCGAACCCAUACACCCCACUUUCAAUAUGUACAUAUGGUAACCAUAUUUGCAUUGAUCUAGCUACGGAAACAUGGAAAAGUCCCGCAAAUGGUGUUUCUGGAGGAAACCGAAAAUAAAAGCAGCCCUUCCAAUGCCCGUAAUCCUAUUGCUGCUCUUAUGCAUAUUUGAAACAGGAAUUAGUUCGACAGCUGAUCAGUUUAAGGUAGAUGGGAAAGUGUUGGAGUUAGACGAAGCCAACUUUGACUCAGCUAUUUCAUCUCUCGAUUACAUCCUCGUUGACUUCUACGCCCCUUGGUGCCGCCACUGCAAGCUCCUUUCGCCCCAGUUAGAUGAAGCUGCUCCUGUUCUUGCAGGAUUGAAGGAGCCAAUAGUGAUAGCCAAAGUUAAUGCUGACAAAUUUACCCGUCUUGCUAGUAAACAUGAUGUUGAUGCCUACCCUACCCUCAAGCUCUUUAUGCAUGGUGUUUCUAUGGAGUAUUAUGGACCAAGGGAAGCGGACUCACUUGUUCAAUAUCUGAAGAAAUUUGUUUCUACCGAUGUGUCUAUUCUUAUCUCAGACUCUGCCAUUAGUGAUUUUGUUGAAGAAGCUGGUACUUUCUUUCCUAUUUUCAUAGGGUUUGGCUUGAAUGAGACGGUGCUUUCUAGCUUAGCUAUUAAGUACAAGAAAAGGGCAUGGUUUUCUGUGGCAAAGGAUUUCUCUGAUGAGGCCAAGGUAUUGUAUGACAUGGAAAAGGUUCCUGCUUUGGUAGCUAUUCAUCCGAAUUAUAAGCAACAAAGCAUUUUUUAUGGCCUUUUUGAAGGUGAACUUUUGGAGGAUUUUAUAAAACAGAAUUUUCUCCCUCCAGUGGUGCCCUUGAACCCUGAGACAUUGAAGCUAUUGAAAGAUGAAAAGAGAAAAAUUGUCUUAACCAUCACUGCGGAUGAGAAUGAAGACCAAACACAGAACUUGAUCAAGUUAUUGAAGGCUGCUGCAUCUACAAAUCGUGAUUUAGUGUUUGGUUAUUUUAGGCUUAAGCAAUGGGAAGACUUCGCUGAUAAAUUUGGAGCCAAUGAGAAGACGAAGUUACCAAAAAUUAUUGUCUGGGAUGGAGAUGAGGACUACUUUUCUGUUAUUGGUAUUGAUGGCCUUGAUAAUGAGGAUCAGGGGUCUCAACUCUCACAAUUCCUUGAAGGAUAUAGACAAGGAAGAACAGAAAAGAAAACAGUCAAAGCGCCAUUAUUUAUGGGCUUCUUCAACUCAGUAGUUGGUAUCGUAGCUUUCUUCAUAAUUUUCAUCAUUGUUGCGAUGAUGAUCUUGAUGAUUGUACUACUAAUCAUUAUUAGUAAAGACAAUGAACCUGUCAGGGUUGGCAGUCGUGAAGGGGUUGAUCGUGCUGACAACUCCGAGGCUGAAAGCAGUCAGCAUGGACCUGGGAAGAAAGAAGAUUAAAUCAAGGUAUAGUAAGAAAAGGAUUUUAAAAAUGACAUAGGCAAUAGAGUUGCAGAGAGGUAGACAAAUAUGUUAACAAUGCUCUGUUAAAAUCGAUGAUAUACUCACUGCAAGGCGCCUUGUUUCAAGAAAUCAAGCAUUCAAGGGCAAGUAAUAUAGUUUGGUUCAUCAUGAUUCCUUUUUCUUUCCUUUAAA